AUGAAGGAUUUAUCGGCGCUGAGUCGGGGGUGUGGUCGCGUGGUCGAGACGAGCGCACGCAGCGACCAUGGCCGCCUGGACGUCUGCUUCACGCCGCGGGAUUACUACAUCUGGAAGUCCCAGGAUGCUUUGCUGCGUCUGACCGCCAGCGGCAGUUUUCUAAGGAGCGAGGAGUCAAGCAUCCCAAAGACCUACAGCACUCGCAGGGGGGCCCUUGUCCUCUACUCCCGGGACUUGGUGACGCUGGCGAGCCCGCCUGGGCCGCUGCCGGCUCACAGGAAGAGGGGGAACGCUCAGGAAGUGGACCGACGCGCGGCGACGCUGGGAGAGCGGACCGCGGACAUUUUGGGUCAGGUGACGGAGCGGUCAGUGUGUGGUAGCACAUUGUCGACGACUGCCCGACUUGCCCCGCCCAUCUUACCUCCACUUGGCCGCCAUUGUCACCCUCACAUUAAACUUCAGCACAGUCCAGAGUUCCUGAGUGACACGGACCCUCAGGGAGUCCCUGCCCAUCUGGACCAGGAGAAUCCACCUGAAGGUCAGAAUCAGAAGGAGAACAACAGGAGGGUCCGUCUGGAUGUGCUCCUUCAGAUACCCAGGGUUACUAGUAGUCCGCCAUCAUGGACCAUGGGCCAUGUGACAGUGACUCCUGAAGAGAGUCCUGAAUCCUGCCAGAGGAAUCAUCUCCAUAGCCCUGAAGGUCCAGGAGAACACCGGCAAACUUCCCCCAUUGAAGACCGCCCAGUUCUUCUUCCUCCUCUGAGACCUCCUGGCCCUUCUCUGUCCUGCUGCCUGCGUCCACUCACUGGAAGUCAACUUUUCACCUCUGCUUCGUCCAUGCGUGAAGUCCACAGUCAUGGUCUGCCUCCCGUAGAGGAUCGCAAAGGCGGGACCAGGACGGGCGGCAGGACUCGGACCCAGCGAGAGGUCCCGGCGUAUGAUGGCCAAGAACGUCCAAACUUCCGCGGGCGCCCCUUGCUGCUUCCUCUGCUCCUUCCUGUUCAAAGAGGCACGCAGGUGAGCUGUAGUGGGAAACAGUCCACGCUGCUUGGAGGACAACAGGUUCAGCGGAAGAAACCUUGGGAGGUUCUGUUGGACCCUUUGGACGAGCGCCCCCCGCCGCCACUGGGAGUACUGCGCUGCAUCGAAGGACAUAAAGGUCCCGGCAGGCAGAGCUCUCUGGCCUUCUUCCAGACCCGACCGGCUGACCUGCAGACUUCCUGCGGCGCGGUGCGAGGAUUGCUGCCGCUGGAGCUCAGAGAUUUGCAGAACGGCCGAGCCGUCCGUAGCGUCCUUCUCGGUCCUGACGGGGAAAUUAUUCAACUUUCCUUGUUUGAUCAUUACCGGGAGCGGCCACCGGGCGGCGCCAACGCAGAAGAGCGAGUCCUGCAAGUGUUGUCUGCAGAUGGUGAGACGUUGCCUUGCGUCGUCAUGCUGCGGCACGAGCACACACACACUGGUGUGGAUCUGAAGUUAGAAGCACUUUCCGGCGAUGAGUAUUGUCACGACGCUAACGCUAGUUUAGAUCUUCACAAGUCGGCAGCGUGGGAUGUGAGACGACGCGACACCACGACUGCAGAGAGCGCACAGCCGGCGGAAGAAACGUGGAGCGAGGACCAAAACAACGCUGGAACAUCUUCGCCUGAGGAACGACUGGAGGAGUCACUAGGGGGCAGCACUGAGAAGGAACACCUGACCUCAUCUAGACAGUUUGCAUGUGACGUUAAUAGUACUACCUCCAGCCAGCGGGGUGCUAGUGAGACACCAGGAGAGGAGGAAGCUGUGGGACUGAGGAAGAACGCAGAGAGGAAAACCAGCCUGGAAGCUGCAGUGACAUCAGGGGGAAAAAAGGAAACAGCCAGGGCAGAAGAAGAAGGACACAUUCAACCCAGGAAGAAGAAAGAUGGACAUUCGAUGGAGCCAGAGAAAGAAAAACGUGACGCUCACCCGAAGGGUGACGACGGGAACGAGAAGUACGCCCGGGAACCUUCUACUCCACAUCCUCCUCUGCAGAAGAAGAAGAGCCGUGGAUGGGAAGCAGCCAGCAGAGAGACGAGGAGAACAAAGGAGGAGAAAGAAGGGAAGAAGAUUCAGAAGGAAGAGUCCACUGGAAGGCGAAGACGGAAGGCAAAGCUCCAACUCAAAGAACUGGAAUCCCACGUCCUGUUCCGUACCUCGCGGAGGUGUUGCCCCGCCGGACGCGUGCAUGAACAGGUCCCAGCGCAUUACGGCGAGAUGGCGGAAGAGCAACACUGGGCCCUCAGUGUCGGAGACGCUCGGCAGGGGAGAUGCUUGGCAGCGAGGGGGGGAUCCUUCCAUCCGCACUCCCCUCGCAAAGAUCUGACGGCGGAGUCCUUCUACAAAGAGCUGAUGGUGAUUCACAGCGGGGCGAGCGGCGGCCAUGUCGGAGGCGCUUCAAGGACUUGUUGA